GGACGGCACGCGCAGCACUCGGGCAGAGAAAGAGAGAGCGCGCGGCGCUGAAAGACAGAGGGCCAUGAGGAGUUAGCUGCGAGCAGCCGGAGAGAGAGCAACAUCUGCAGGCGCUCCCGCUCGUCUUCCCGAGCUCUGUGUGUACGAGUGCGUGCGCGCGCGUGUGCGUGCGUGUGUGCGUGUGUGUGUUGGCGAGCAGACUCUAGUCCAGAUGUUAGUCCACACUUACUCAGCCACGGACCGUCAUGACGGGGUCCCGGGCCACAGCUCGCGCCUGUCCCAGCUGGGCUCGGUGUCUCAGGGGCCCUACUCGAGCGCGCCGCCGCUCUCCCACGCGCCCUCCUCGGACUUCCAGCCGCCGUACUUCCCGCCGCCCUACCAGCCGCUCCCGCCCUACCACCAGGGCCAGGACCCCUACUCGCACGUGAACGACCCGUAUGCGCUGAACGCGCUGCACCAGCCGCACCAGCAGCACCCGUGGGGCUCCUCGCGCCAGCGGCAGGACGGCGGCGGCGCCGAGGCCGGCAGCGGUGGCUCCCUGCUCGCGCAGCCCCGCGCGGCGCUGCCGCAGCUGUCCGGGCUCGACCCGCGCAGGGACUACAGCGCCGUGCGCAGACCGGACGUGCUGCUGCACUCGGCGCCGCACGCGCUGGAAGCGGGGAUGGGCGACGGGCUGCUGCACGGGCUCGCGCACGGCAUGGACGACGCGCACGUUGUGGAAGACGCCAACAACAGUGGCAUGAGCAUCCUGGACCAGUCAGUUAUUAAAAAAGUGCCGAUGCCGCAUAAGAGCGUGGCCUCUCUGAUGAUGAGUAAGGACGGGCUGAUCGGCGGAGUCGCCUUGAAUGUGAACGAGGUGUUCUGCUCGGUUCCCGGCCGCCUGUCGCUGCUCAGCUCCACCUCCAAGUACAAAGUGACGGUGGGAGAAGUUCAGCGGCGCCUCUCGCCCCCAGAGUGCCUCAACGCCUCGCUGCUGGGGGGCGUGCUGCGCAGGGCGAAGUCGAAAAAUGGAGGCAGAUCUCUGAGAGAAAAGCUGGAAAAAAUCGGGCUGAAUUUGCCCGCGGGGAGACGCAAGGCGGCCAACGUCACUCUGCUGACGUCAUUGGUGGAAGGGGAGGCCGUUCAUUUAGCGCGGGAUUUCGGCUACAUCUGCGAGACCGAAUUUCCCACCAAGGCCGUGUCCGAGUACCUCAACAGACAGCACACAGACCCCAACGAGAUCCACUCGAGAAAAAACAUGCUGCUCGCCACCAAGCAGCUGUGUAAGGAGUUUACAGACCUGUUGGCGCAGGACCGCACUCCAUUGGGGAACUCUCGGCCGACACCCAUCCUGGAGCCGGGCAUCCAGAGCUGCCUGAGCCACUUCAGCUUCAUCACGCACGGCUUCGGCUCCCCGGCCAUCUGCGCCGCCCUGACCGCCCUGCAGAACUACCUGACCGAGGCGCUAAAGGGGCUGGACAAGAUGUUCCUCAACAACCAGACCUCCAACCACCACACCCCCGGCGAUGGGCCCGGCUCAAAAGGGGGCGACAAAGAGGAGAAGCACAGGAAAUGAGGCGCGGGGAAAAAGGAGGGCGGCCGUGGGGAUGACGAUGAUGAUGAUGAUGAUGGUGGCUCUGAGAGCGCUGCUUUAUGAGUCACUUUUCGACGGUGUCCAGAGAUUCUUUGUACUCGAGAUUUAUGACAUUAUGUUUUACGUUCUGUUGGGUUGAACGGCACAUUUGAGGAAGAAAAGAAGACAGAAGGGAGGGAUGCGGAAAGGAAAAUGAGACUUUUGGGACUCGACACUGCUGUGGCAUUCAUGCAAUGUGGUGCGUGUGUGUGUGUGUGUGUGUGUGUGUGUGUGUGUGUGUGGAUCACAUGAUGUAGCCUGUCGUUAUCCAGACCUCAAAUACAAAUCUGACAACAUUUGAGUUUUAUAACAUUUGAACAAAGCUCACCAUAAAGACACUCGAAACAACAUCAGACACAAACUCAACAAGAAAAUGCCAAUUAACACUCUUCAACCAGCACAUCCGACACAAUAAACUCACCAGUGUUAACAUCGACAUGUGCAGAAGUCAGAAACCAUCCUUCGUUUAUGUCAUUUCCUGUCAAAACAGCCAUUAAGUACAAGAUAUACUUAACAUAUUACACAGAAGCCUCAGCAACUAAAUCCAGUAUCAAUGUUUUCAGUAUUCAUUGUUAGCUUUAUUACCGCUUCCAUUCAUUUUGGAAGGCAAAGUUCAGUCUUAGAAGUUGGUUUUGCAUUUUCUGCUUCUCACAAUCCAAAUAAU